AUGCGCCGGAAGCUGUUUGACGUAAUACCAGUGAAAAUGAUGAGACGGUGUAACGACUGGAACAUUUUCAUAGGAGUACUGUUGGUUUCCCUCACGCUGUUUAUAGUUUCCUUACACUAUAAAUCGAAGCCUGUUAUCAAACCCACGGAGAAAAUACCGGAGGGUAUACCAGAAGUUAAGCGGGACAAAUACGGGAGGUCAGUGAUGAAAGACUUUGUGUUGUCGAGGAGAAAAAGAAGAGCAAUCUUGGAGGAAGCUUGUCUGAACUCAACAAGAGAUAAAACACUGGACGUCAGCGAUCUCGAUCAUAUCAUUGUCAGUGAUAAGUAUAAAACUCUGUUUUGUUACGUGCCUAAAGUAGCAUGCUCACAGUGGAAAAAGGUGUUUAUGUUGAUGUCGGGAAACAUAAGUGACCCUAACGAUCUAGACGAAUACAGUGUACAUGUGACCUAUAAACAUUUGCUGCAGUACCUCAGCGAAUAUAAACCAGCAGAAAUCAAACACAGAAUUCAAACUUACAAAACAGUUUUGAUGGUUCGAGACCCAUUUGACAGAUUGUUAUCAGCAUUUAAAAAUAAGUUCCACGGUAGUGGAAUCAAAGAUGUUACUUUCAGGAAUAUCGCAAAAAAUGUUGUACGUAAAUAUAGGAAAGGGUUCAAGGAACCAGUUGAGGGUGAUGACGUCACAUUCCUGGAAUUUAUUAAAUACGUUAUCGAUGACAAUGAAGCCACAAGUGACGAACAUUGGAGACCUGUCACGAAACUAUGCGCACCAUGUCAAAUUGGUUAUGACUUCAUAGGAAAAUACGAAACAAUAGACGAAGAUGCUGAUUUCAUUAUGUCACAAAUAGCAGCUCAUCUGGAGUUCCCGGCUAAACCUGAGGCAUACGGAUUGUCGAACACUACAAAACAAAUACCGUUUUACAUGUCACAGCUUCCUAUGAGUUAUAUCGGGAAACUAUGGGAUAUCUACAAAGAUGACUUUACAUAUUUUAAUUAUUCAUAUGUGAAAUUUAUCAAUGAUAUAUCUUAUCUAGUUUGA